UGCUGGAAGAACGUGAUCUGUGUGUGUUAUUGUGCCCAGUUUUGAAGAGAUGUCGGACGAUAACGGUAUUCAGCUCCUGGAGUUCGAGUCCAAGCUGCAAAAGAUCCGUCAGCAGAUUAAUUCCAAGCUCGAGAACCAGAAGCACAUUGCACUUGUGCUGUCUGCUGUGGAGGAGAACAUCUCAUCUCAGUCAGGGAGUGCCUCACCUGUGGCGUAUUUCGUCUCCUUUCUGUCGCUGUUGGACCAGUCGAUUGAUGCUGAUAACGAUACCAUUACAGAUGCCAACCUGGUUGCCACAGCUGCGUAUCUGUUGGACCUUACACUGCCUGUGAUUCCGAAGGCUCUGUUGAAGACGAAGUUUGCGGAGAUCUUGGUGAAGCUGGCGCCAGCUAUCACGAGCUCUGAUGCUGAGGCUCCGCUGAUCAAAUCUGCUGUAGGGUCGUUGGAGACGUUGCUGCUUGCUCAGGACAUCAACUCCUGGAACAACUCUGCUUUGAACAUCAACCCAAAGAGAGGUUUUGGUGGAUUGCUGGAGUACUCCUUGGAUCCACGCCCUAAAGUUCGUAAGAGAGCUCAGGAUGCUGUUCACAGCAUAUUGGCCAACCCACCACCGGGGCCUUCCAUGGAGCAUCCUGCCAGUGCGAUGGCUGCCGAUUUCGCUAUAAAAUCACUCGUUGAGCUGAUCAACACUAAGCCAAACCAAAAGACCAAUAAGGAACACUCUGCACAGCUUAUCCACUCUUUGCAGUUAGUUUCAAGUAUUACAUCAGCAAACUCCUGGCCAACGUCAAAGAUCGAACACCUGUGCGACAUCCUUCUCGAGGUUUCAAAGACAAAUGAUCAGUACCUUGUUUCCAGCGCAUUCAAGGGAUUCGAAGGCCUUUUCAACUCGAUGACCGAUGAAAUUGAUAGUGAUAAGUUCCUCAAAGUGUUACAGGUUAUCUUUGACUUGAAGCCAUCUCUGAAUGACAACCAUUUAGCAGUGCCAUGGAUUGCUGUCGUGGCAAAGGGUAUCACCUCUUAUACAAAAGUUGAGCCGUUGAAAUCAGUUAAGAAGAUUCCAGAAGUAUUCAAGAUUCUGCUUCCAUUCUUCAGUGCUGAGUUGCCAGAGAUUUAUAUAUCAGUGUCUCAAUGCUUCAUUUCCAUCCUCUCGGAGGCCAUCCCAGAUAACUUCCUUCUAUUGCCAAACAAUGACGACGUUACUACUGAGAUCUACGAAGAGAUGGACGAUGUUAUCACCCAGAUUGCUGAAUUGCUUACAGAAUUACUCAACGUGAAGUAUGGUCAAGCUACGAAGGAGAUCAUGGAGGUGUUUGCAAUGGCUUUCACUAAGUUCAGAUCAAGAUCAAACCCAGACUUCCUCGAGCCAUUGGCUAUCAUUGGAGAAUGGAGAACAAACGAGGAAUUUGAAUUCAAAGAACAAGCUGAAGAAGUCAUUGCUGCUGCAAUCAGAGAAGUUGGCCCAGAGACUGUCCUUGGUUCUCUUCCAUUGAACCUCUUGGACUCAAAGAAAGCAGGUAGAGCUUGGCUCUUACCACUCCUGAGAGACAAUGUACGUUUUGCAAGACUCGGAUACUUUGUUGAAGAAUUCAUGCCAUUGAUCCAAGAGUUUGAAAAGAGAAUCAGCUCCAUGGAUUCCAAUUCUGUCACCACUAAGAUCUUCCAAACUAUCGUUGAUCAGGUGUGGUCUUUACUUCCUCACUUUGCUGAUCUACCAUCCGAUUUGCAACAGGCAUUCACGGAUGAGCUGGCCCAACAAUUGGCCUCUUUGCUUUACUCUAACCCUGAGUUGAGAGUUAACAUCUGCCACUCUUUGAGAUUACUCGUUGAGAGCAACGUCACCUUCGCAAGUGGUGCAUUGUCAGAUGAUAGAUUCCUAUUGCAACAGUUCAAGAUCGAAACUGCACAGAGUAACGUUGAGUAUUUGUCUUCAAAGGCUUCCAAUAUACUUGCUGUGUUGUUUAACGUGUUUUCUCAAACUUCCCCAGAUUCCAGAGGAUUCGUCUCGGAAACCAUCGAUGCUUACUUGGGAAUCUCAACGCCGCAGGACCUGGAAUCCACUUUCAACAAGGUCUCGGUACUGUUGAAGAAUGCACUCGACGAGGAAUCCUCUACUCCAGCAACGUCGCAGCAGAAGGGGGUUGCUAAACUCAGUGUCACCAUGAUGGACUUGGUCGUUGCCAUGGCCAAAUACGUCCCAGAGAGCUCUUACAAUGCUCUGUUCUCCAUCUUCACACAGACUGUUAACUCAUCUGAACCAUUGCUACAGAAGAGAGCCUAUAGAAUCAUCUCCAAAUUGACGGAAUCUGAGUCUGGUGUUAUGGCUCUGAAGCAUUUCGCAGGUGAUAUCGAGAAUGUCAUCAUUAGCUCAACAGAUUCUAACAACUUGAAUGCACGUGCUGCAAGACUACAAGCCAUUUCAUCAAUUUUGCAAAUCAUUCCGGAGAAUGACUUGUUCUUCAUCCCUUCCAUCAUGUCAGAAAUCAUCCUGGCCACUAAGGAUGCGAACGAAAAGUCAAGACAGCACGCUUUCAACGUACUGAUUGAGAUGGGUAAGGUCAUGGCCAAAGGUGGUAUCAUUCACAACUCCAAGAUCCCAGGAUUUGAUGCCAAUACCCCAGAUUCUCAGGCUUCUCUCGCAGAGUACUUCACAAUGCUGAGUGCCGGUUUGGCUGGUGGUGAUCAACACAUGGUGAGUGCCACCAUCACUGCCAUCAGCUGUAUCGUCUAUGAGUUCCGUGAAACUGUCGAUACGGAUCUGCUUGUUGAAUUGGCCUCCACUGUGAAUCUGUUCUUGACCUCCAACUCUAAGGAAAUCGUCAGAUCCACUAUUGGAUUCGUCAAAAUUGCCAGUAUCAGUUUACCAGAGGAGAUCGUCAAACCACAACUUCGUGACCUGUUGCAGCAUUUGAUGCGUUGGUCUCAUGAACACACUGGUCACUUCAAACAAAGAGUGAAACAUAUUGUCGAGAGAUUGAUCAGAAGAUUUGGCUUCGAAGUGAUUGAGCAGAACUUCCCAGAAGAGGACAAGAAGCUCCUUGCCAACAUCAGAAAGACCAAAGCUAGAGCUAAGAGAAGACAGGCCGAGGAAGAAGGAGAAUCGCAACAGAGAUCGAAGAAACACGGCAAUGCCUACGAUGACGUAUUGUACGACUCCAAUUCCGAUGAAGACGAUGAUAUGGAUGACGAGGGAGCCGAACAAGAGAACGAGGAUCCAAGAAGAAAGAAAAAGUCGUCGCAGUAUAUCCUGGAGUCCAAGGAUUCUCCACUGGAUCUUCUGAACCGUCAGUCCUUGGCUCACAUCUCGUCCACCAAGCCAAGCAACAAGUCGAGAACCGUCAGCCAUGCUAAGGCCUUUGAGAAGAAUGGUAAGUUGCACUUCUCCGAGGACGCUCAGCAGGAUGAGGAUCCAUUGAAGACAAUCACAGACGGCAUCAACGCAUACGUGGAGGCCGUCAAGUCUGGUCCAGUCAAGGGCCAGAAGAACAAGUUCAAGUUCAAGAGAGGUGCUAAGGCCAGAGAAGAUGAUAACGACGACGGUGACGAUGAUGCCGAUGAGCUCCAGAAACCAAUCAACAGAGGAAAGAUUGGCAAGGGCAGCAGAGUCAGCAAACCAAAGAAGAAGUUCCAGUCACGUAAGAAGUUCUGAGCACGCUGGAAUGGAGAAAUGUAUAGAUCUAUAUCGUAUAAUUGUACCAUGGGAAGAUAAUCACAUAUUGGGCAUUUGUACCGCUUUUCGG